CUCCUCCUUCUGCAUGGCAAGGGGGGCAGGGGCUGGGCACCCAGAGGGCAGGGAUACUUUCAUCCUUAACUAGGUCAACCCUGUGCGAGCCUGGAAAGGGUUGUGCUUACGGGAAGCUACAAGCACUGUGGGUGGAAGUCCCCUCCCUGGUGCCGCCUGCAGGUGGGGGCGCGGACACUACUUUCCUGGAGGUGGAGGUGGAGGCGGAGCCUGGUCUCAGAGGUCCUGAAAUAGUCACCAUGGGGGAAAACGACCCGCCGGCUGCCGAGGCCCCCUUCUCCUUCAGAUCGCUUUUCGGACUUGAUGAUUUGAAAAUAAGUCCUGUUGCACCAGAUGCCGAUGCGGUGGCUGCCCAGAUCCUGUCUCUGCUGCCACUGAAGUUCUUCCCCGUCAUUGUCAUCGGGACAGUUGCGUUGAUAGUGGCACUGGCCGUGGGCCUGGGCAUCCACUUUGACUGCUCCGGGAAGUACCGGUGCCGGUCAUCUUUUAAGUGCAUUGAACUGACCGCUCGAUGCGACGGGGUCUCGGACUGCAAAGAUGGGGAGGACGAGUACCGAUGUGUCCGCGUGAGCGGUCAGAACGCGGCACUCCAGGUGUUCACGGCUGCUGCCUGGAGGACCGUGUGUGCCGACGACUGGAAGAGCCACCACGCUGCUGUCGCCUGUGCACAGCAGGGGUUUCCCAGCUACGUGAGUUCAGACACCCUCAGAGUGGACUUGCUUGAGGCGCGGUUCCAAGAGCACUUUGUGUCCAUCAAUCACCUCCUGCCAGAUGACAAAGUGAUUGCUUUACACCACUCGGUGUACUUGAGGGAGGGGUGUGCCUCGGGCCACGUGGUCACUUUGAUGUGCUCAGCCUGCGGUCGGAGGAUGCGCGACAGCGCACGCAUCGUGGGUGGGAACGUGUCCUCACUGGCGCAGUGGCCCUGGCAGGCCAGCCUGCAGCUCCAGGGCUACCACCUGUGCGGGGGCUCCCUCAUCACCCCGGUGUGGAUCGUUACAGCGGCUCACUGCGUCUAUGAUCUCUACCUCCCCAAGUCGUGGACUAUCCAGGUGGGGCUGGUUUCCCUGCUGGACAGCCCGGCCCCCUCCCACCUGGUGGAAAAAAUCGUCCGCCACAGCAAGUACAAGCCAAAGAGACUGGGCAAUGACAUCGCGCUCAUGAAGCUGGCCGGGCCUGUCUCCUUCAGUGAGAUGAUCCAACCAGUCUGUCUGCCCAACUCUGAAGAGAACUUCCCCGAUGGGAAGAUGUGCUGGACGUCAGGAUGGGGGGCCACAGAGGAUGGAGGCGACGCCUCCCCGGUCCUCAACCACGCCGCUGUGCCUUUGAUCUCCAACAAGAUCUGCAACCACAGGGAGGUGUACGGGGGUGUCAUCGCCCCCUCCAUGCUCUGUGCAGGCUACCUGAAAGGCGGUGUGGACAGCUGCCAGGGAGACAGCGGGGGGCCCCUGGUGUGUCAGGAGAGGCGGGUGUGGAAGUUGGUGGGAGCCACGAGCUUCGGCAUCGGCUGUGCCGAGGUGAACAAGCCUGGAGUCUACACCCGCAUCACCUCCUUCCUGGACUGGAUUCACGAGCAGAUGGAGAGGGACCUGAAAACUUGAAGAGAAAAAGCAAGUUACCACCUUGAGUUCCUGCCAAGAUGGAGCCAUCCCUGCCCUUCCGUGGAGUCCCGUGUGGAAACUUCGAGCAGCAGAGCCAAAAGAAGGAGCAUCUUUUCAUUCCUCUACAAGUAGAACAGUUUUCUUCUAACGCCUCUAACCAGCCAGAGGGGCGAUGGACUGAAAUGACCCUGAAAGUCCUUUCUGACCUUCACUAAGAGCAGAAGCAGGAACACCUCCCAAAGGGCUACCUUUUCCCUACUUGUCCAUCCGGUUUCCUCCCAUGCAGAGCGGCCCAAGCUGCAGCCACUCAGCAAAGACGUGACAGCUUGGACCUGCAGGCAUCACUGCAGAUGCCGCUGUCUGCACAUCCGUAUCCAGGCACCAGAACAGGACCCAAAUUUUCUACCAAGAUCUCUUUUCACAUGUGGGAACUUAACCUCUAUGUGAUUAUAGUUUUGAGGUUUAUUUCUGUUAUGUCUUCCUAGCCUUUGGUGCUUGAUGUAUUGUUGUCUCUUGCUCCCAGGGGACAUACACCUUCUUAGUGUGUUCAAAAGCCAGAGCUCGUCUGAAUGAAUCCUGACUGCUUGUGUAAAUUGAAAUUGUGUAAGUUUCGUUCAAGAGGCUGGAUUACUUUGAUCUCUCCUGUAGACAUUGUGGGUUUUGCAUUUUUCUGUUAGAACAGGGUUCUCAGCAGAUCAGCGCUAUCUCUUAUGACAUCACAACACUCAGAAGCAGAAUAAGAAAGUACUGGGAUAACACAGGACCACCGAGACCGCACACAGCAAUACUGAUGACAGUCUCCUGCCAUCAAGAAGCCAGAGGCUUCCCUACCUCUUUGUAUGGACCCAUUAAUCUACCAUGCAGUUGCAGGGCUGGGGA